AUGACCCCUCCCUUGAGUUUAUCAGACACCCAAUAUUCAACCCUCAUGGACAAAGACGUCGCAAUAGACAAUGGCCAAGUGACUCCGGGAACCGAGAUUUUCUCCUUUGACUACAAUUGGAAUCCAGAGUCUGCGCAGGACGUAUUGACUCUGAAUGGAAUCCUCGAAACGCCUCCUCCCGAGGAUGACCCUCUCGAAAAUACGCUUCAAGGUCAUCAUAACACCAUGAACGACCAGCAGAUAUUGACCAGCCACAUGAAUUUUGCCAGUCACUGUAAUCACAUGGAGCUGGAUUUGGCAAACCGUGGGAAUGACGCACCCCUAUUCUUGGAAAACAACACCAAAUGGAAUAACAACUCUAAUAGCUUUCCAACAUUGGUGACAGAGGCUAUACCUUCGGAGCGCGGCAUCGCCACCAAGACGCUCCUGAGUCUUGCUUUCGAUCUGCACGAAAGGCUGGAAGCAUUAGAAACUGGGCCAUGGGAGCGGGAAGGGACCUACCAAGCACUUGAUAGCUAUCCCAUUGGCAGCGUAUUACACUUGUCGCAGGAAUUUACCAACGUGGCGACCGUUCUGCGGGGAGUUAGGCCCGGCGACAAGACCUCGUCUCCUAGUGGGAGAUCCUCACAGUCAAGCUCUUCAGGGGACUAUAUUCCCGCUGUACAACCUGCGCAAUUUGAAGGCGGUAGCGCAGGUUCGGCUGUCUCUGCGACGUCCUCCUCCAACCCUGCUUCCUAUUUCGACACGUCUGUUACUCAUAUUCUACUAAGUUGCUACGUCACGCUUUCUCGGAUCUAUGUCAUCGUUCUGGGUCACUUGCAAACCUACCUUCAAUUGCAGCCCAGCGCUCAGCAAAGGCCUUCGCCCACGGGUAUGGACUUUGGACCGACAGUGUGUCUUGGCGAGCUACCGUCUAUCAACGCACCAUGGAGCCGUACUCACACGGCUGUGUGCAUGCUCCUCGACUCAAUUAGGGAGGCUGAGGCAGCCUUGGGUCUGCCACCCCAGAUUCGAUCUGCUGAUGGAAUAGUGCAAUCCAUGGACGGCAGCGGCGCGACCGUUCCCAAUAAUACCCAGACUUUUGGCGACAAUCUAGUCGAUCGGGACUUGGCCAUUGUGCUCAUUCGCUGGGGUCUGCUUCAAAGUACAAGCACAUCUAGCAUCCACGAAGAAUUUACUGCCUUGGGAAAGAAAGUGACCGAUAUCAAGGAGCUGUUGCGUGAGAAAAUGGGCCUGUAG